AUGGAGAGAAUACCCAACUUGUUACACCGUCCUACUCUCGUACUGCUCCUGCUGGCGCUCCUCCUGAGUUCCUUGCCAACAGUAGUGGCGCGUGCCACUGUGAAGACGACGACGUCGGCACGGAGGACGACGACAGAGAGCUCAGGAAGUGGCUCCGGCGGCUACUUCCGGAACCGGAAGCUGCUGGUAACCGCACCGCGGGUGUCCUCGGGAUCGCAGCAGCAGAUGGACGCCAGCCGCUGGCGGUGGACGACGCCGUUCAGGGGAGCGAGGGCCAGCCUCGGCCGCCCUGUGCCGGGGUCCCACGGAAACCCGUCUCAUAACUAG